UCAAUUAUCGGCAUAUUUAGCUAGCACUGGUAUAGACCCAGUUGCCAAUCAGAAUCAAGUAUUUGGUAUUCUUAGAGAGUAUCUACAUGGGCGAGCAUUAGAAUGGUUUGAUCAAAAAAUUCUUGAUAAACGAUGGGAACUUCACAAUAUUUUUGCAAAUUAUAGCCAGGCUGGUAUGGGUGCUCUUCGGGAAUGCACUAUGGCACAGAUGAAUACUAGUAAUAGCUUUAAAAAUCCUUCAAUUGCCCAUGACUAUGCAAAUACUGCUAGUAAUAAUGCAGUAACUAUAGGUGUUUCCAUAAUUCCAGCUAAAGCUUUUACUAAAGACUGGCACUUAGCUGGAGGAUAUCCAUCAGAUAGACCUGCCAAUGCUGUUAAUGCAGGUAAUGCUAAUCCUAUAGUAUUUAGUAAUAUUUGGAUUGGUCAAGCAUUAUAUUGGCUCAGAAAUAAAUAUCCUACAGUAAUAAGUGAAAAGUGCAAUUUAGUUUAUAGAUCAUUAGCUCAGGAGG